AUGAAUCUAGCGCUUCAAGAUUACCUCAAAAUACACGACGUGGAGCUCGAGUCCGAGGACAUUACGCUCAUUCCACUUGAAGGAGAAGGCAAGGUCUUGGACAGGGUCGAGAUUCUGUACCAGAAUCUAAUCAACAGCAAGAAAUGGAGAAACGCACUUCACGAGGCUGACUUGGUUUUGGUGGCGACACAUUCGCAAGGAACGCCCACUAGCACGAUCCUCACGGCCAGACUCAUACAAGAAGGUAUACUGCGUGUCGGCGAAACUGAUCCCAAGAUGCAGCGAGUCGGAAUUCUGGCCAUGGCGGGGAUCUCGCAUGGCCCGUUUCCGUUUCUGAAGGGUAAUUUGAUCGUGCGCUGGUUCGAAGCCGAAGCAGCUCAGGAGCUGUUUGAAUUCAUGGACUCUGAAACGGAAAUCUCCCAAAGGUUCCGCGAGGCAUUGAGGAUAGUUCUUAAAUCUGGCAUCCGGUUCACGGCCGUUGCUUCAUUGGAAGACCAAGUUGUGCCCUUGUAUUCUGCAGUUAUGACCGCUAUCCACCAUCCAUCCAUUGUGCGCGCGGUCUACAUCGAUGGAGCGAGCUAUCAGGAUGACUUUUUGACGAACCUGAUCUCCUUUUCAUUGAGGCUUCGAAACUCUGGUAUGGAUGACCACGGUGUGCUGGUGCAUUUGAGCGAGGUUGUGGCGGGAAGCAUUUACGGAGAGGGGCAUUCCACCAUUUACGAGGAGCGCGAGGUCUACAUGCUGGCUAUACGCGCCCUACUUGAGCCUCCCGCAAGUUUGACAUCCGAGAUGGCUAGGAGCGAACCCAUAUUGCAUCCUUUCCGUGCGAAGCAGCACUUGAACCCAUUCUAUCUGCCAUGGGGCAUGCGUGGGGUCAUGGAUGAGCUCAAGGCACUCGGCGUUGGAGUCCUGAAUGAAGAGAUGGAGCGCCUGAAGAAGCUGUACGACGAUUGGAACCCGGCUACGAAAGGCAUGAAAGAAAUCAAAUUUAGACUAGAGCCUGUCCGGUCCAAGCUAUAA